CAGAACUUCCUGAAGGCGGAGAGGGGGACGCGGCAGCGCGCAGCGCCGGGGAGCUGCCGGCGGCGCUGGGGAGGGGGCGGCACGGGGACCUGACCGACACUCAGCCGUGGCCACCAUGACCAGCGCGAUCCUCAGGAGGAACUCCAGCAAGCAAGGCCUGCAGAACCUCAUCAGGCUCACAGCACAGUGGAGUGUGGAAGAUGAGGAAGAGGCGGCAAGAGAGCGGCGGCGGCGGGAGCGGGAGAAGCAGCUGAGGUCCCAGGCAGAAGAGAGCUUGAAUGGCAUUGGCUCCUGCUCGGAAAGUGCGGGUCUGGCACAGGAAAACCACUAUGACUUUAAGCCAUCUGGGACUUUGGAGCUGGAGGAAGAUGAAGGGUUCAGUGACUGGUCCCAGAAGCUCGAGCAGCGCAAACAGAGCUCUAGGUCUCCACGUCAGUCAUAUGAAGAAGAGGACGGUGGUGUGAGGGAAGCUGAAGUCAAACUGGAGCAGAUCCAGCUGGAGAGCCUGGAGGAGAUCCAGGAGGAGAAUGUGGUUAUUGGGGAGGAAGAGAGCCUGGGCCAAGAGAAAGAACAGGUUCCAGAGCAGGAGGAAGAUGAGAGGUCUGAGCAAGAGGAAAAGAAGAGAAGGAGAAAUGAAGAAGAAGAAACAACACCAGAAAAACGCCAGAAGGCCCCAAGCCCCGCCAGUCUGGAGGAGGAGGAGCUGUACUCUGACCACACUGCGGUGUGCUCCACAAAGAUCACGGACAGAACUGAGUCACUGAACCGCUCAAUAAAGAAAAGUAACAGCAUAAAGAAGACCCAGCCUCCCCUCCCUGUGUCGAAGAUUGAUGACAGGCUGGAGCAGUACACUCAGGCUAUUGAGACAUCCACAAAGGCUCCAAAACCUGUCCGGCAGCCCUCUCUUGACCUUCCCACCACAAGCAUGAUGGUGGCCAGCACAAAAAGCCUCUGGGAGACUGGAGAGGUUGCAGCUCAGUCUGCUGUCAAGUCCCCACCCUGUAAGGAUAUCGUGGCUGGAGACAUUGUGAGUAAAAGAAGUCUUUGGGAACAGAAGGGCAAUUCCAAACCUGAGACCAACAUCAAGUCCACUCCUUCUGGCAAAAAGUAUAAAUUUGUUGCAACAGGCCAUGGUCAGUACAAGAAGGUGUUGAUAGAUGAUGCUACAGAGCAAUAACAUGCCUGGAGAACUCAUUAACCAGCUGAGCUUGGUCCUGGCUCGAUGCAACCCUCAACGCCCUUAUUUCCUCUGCUCCAUGGAAGAUAACCGAAGAAUGUUUCUCUUCUGCCUGAUUUCAGUCUGCUUUGGUACAGCUUGAUUCUUCUCAGGGUGUGAGCAACACCCCAUGCUGCUUCUGGUCGGAUAAAAAGAACUAGAUCAGCUGACAAAACCCAUCCCUGUUUUAAUCUUCUAUGUGACUCUGACUUUUUUUUUUUUUUAAUUAAAUCUGACUCCGUUUCCUCUCUUCUUUCUCAAGUGUUGGAAGAGGGGGAUCUGCUGUCCUGCUGAGACGCAGGGCAUUUGAAACAUGGUGGAGAACAUCUGCUUCUGUGGCUCCUGGUGGCUGGGUGGUGGGAGAGAGAGAGAGCUCAACAAAAACGUGGUAAAAGAAUCAGUGUUUGAAAUGGGCAGAUCCUGAGCAUGAGGGGGUCGCAAGGACUGCUUUUCACUGUGUUGGUGCUAGCUCUGAUUAAAGUCUUCCCCUGUUUACAACGCAGCCUGUAUCCCACUACAGCGUCUGUUUUGAGGAACUUCCAUCUACGGAUCUCUCUAUGUACAUCAAAUCACAUUUAACUUAGUCCUAUUUUCUUCUUUAGCUCCCAGCUCAUCCUUUAAUCACAGUUACAUACCUAUGCCAAAAUGUCUCUGUUACUUUUUAAUCUUGACAGUGGCAAUAGCAGCUUUGUUUCGAAUAGCUGCUGCCUUCCUCUCUCUGUCUAACAUGGGUUGGAGGUCUCCUUUCCCAGGUGAGGAGUGCUGAGCACUGGUAUUACCUCCCUUCUGCGGGGAAGGGAUUUGUUGGUUCUCUAACCUGCGGGUUCCGGUGCCAGUGAUUGAAACCCUUCUUCUGAAUGUCAGAAGAGGUGGGCAUGUUGCUAACCUGCCUGCUAUGCUCCUGGAGGUGGACGAGCUAUCUGGGAAACAGCUGCUUCUGUUAUGCUAGAAGCUGCCUCAGUGAAAAGGCAUCCUAGUGAUGGAGAAUAUUCUCCCCUUCUUUGAGGAGGCCAGGCCUUGCUGUGAACAUGGGGAAACUGAGUCCAUAAAGAGUAGUGCUCUGGCCUGAGGUCUGUAAAUCACCUCCCAGGGCUGUUUCUGAGCUCUCUCACAUCUUCAUACUUCAUGGUGUUAGCAUGUCCCUCAGCCCCUCUUUAAACUCUUAUUUCUACCCUCUUUCCAUGUCAACAUACUUUUGCAACAUCAGUUUGCUUUGUGCUUAAAUUCACUGCGUGUCCUGGAAUUUUUUUUUUUUUGUA